AUGGAUAACCGCGACUACGAUUUCCUUUUUAAGCUCCUUUUGAUCGGAGACUCGGGUGUGGGCAAGUCCUGUCUUCUCCUGCGUUUUGCCGACGACACCUAUACGGAGAGCUACAUCUCUACCAUUGGCGUCGACUUUAAGAUCCGGACUAUCGAACUCGAGGGGAAGACUGUGAAGCUCCAGAUUUGGGACACGGCAGGACAAGAACGCUUCCGCACAAUCACGUCGUCGUACUACCGAGGUGCACAUGGUAUCAUUGUCGUCUAUGAUGUGACUGACCAGGACACGUUCGCCAAUGUCAAGCAAUGGCUCCAAGAGAUUGACCGGUAUGCCACCGAGGGAGUCAAUAAGCUCCUUGUCGGAAACAAGAGCGAUUUGACGAGCAAGAAGGUUGUCGAGUACAAUGUUGCCAAGGAAUUUGCCGAUCAACUCAACAUCCCCUUCCUCGAGACAUCAGCUAAGAGCGCAACCAAUGUCGAGCAGGCCUUCUUGACCAUGGCCAAGCAGAUCAAGGACCGCAUGGGAUCGGCGUCGGUGAACAACGCGCCCGGAAAGUCUAACGUCAAGCUCGGGCAGGGCCAGAACGUGGCGGACCAGAACCAGGGUGGCUGCUGCUAG